AUGCCCUGGACCUCCGUUCGCCUCGCCUUCGACUCCCACGCCGCUGGAUCGGAGCCGGGGAGUACCUGCUUCGCCGCCCGCCGUCUCCGGCUCCGCCACGCCGUCACCCGGCCUCGUCGAUGCCUCCCCGCCUCUCCCUCGCCGGCUCCAACAAGCCACGCCGCCCCCUCUCUCGUCAACGCAUGUGAGCGCCCCCGUCGCUCCUUUCCCCGCUGCUGUCCGCACUCCUCGCGCUCACCACACCCCCGCCUCGCGUUGUGGCCGCGCCGCCGCCGCAUCCAGCAACCGCCUGCGCGCCCCAGCUCGUGCCCCGCUUCGCCCUUCACGCGCCAGCUCGUGCAAUUGCACGGCCGCCCGCGCGUGCGCUCGCUCUGCCUGCCCCCGCCGCUGCUGGUGCUGCCUGCUGCUGCUGCCACCACGCCUCGGCCGCACGUGCCCGUCGAGCCCAGUCGCAGCCGCCCACGCCCGUUGUCAUACCUGGUCUCGUCGCGCCGCCUUGUCCCCUCGCCCCGCCACGCCGCUGCUCCGGUCCCGGCCACGGGCGACGCGCCGACCCCUUCCUCCCCCCUCCCCUGCUGGCCGCGUCGGGCGCCGGCGCCCACGCGCCCGCUCCGGCCCCGUUCCGGCCUCGCCGUGCCCUGGCUUCGCCCAGUGGCCGCGUGCGCGCAGCACAGCCGUGGCUGGCCGGCCACAGCCGCCGCCCCACCCUGGGUCACUGACCACAGGGGCCCCCGCCCUGGCCAGAUAGGCCUAUGA